GAGAGAGGGAGGGAGCCAGAAGGAGCGAGACAGAGAGAGCGAGAGAGCAAAAAGGGAGGGGAGUUUAAACUAAGUGCUAUGUUUUGGGACAGGCUAAUCUGCUAGCGAGCAGUGUGAGGAUCGGAGCGUAUUGUGUGAGCCAGUGUGCGGGGGACAGAUAAGGGAGCCAGCCAGCCCGACCCACAGACCUACCGACUGCCUGCCUUUAAUGUGCUGACUCUGGGGAGAUUUUAAAAGACAGCGUAUUGACUCCUCAGACGCGUGUUUGUGCGUGCGCACCGGAGACCCUGGGCUCAAACGCCUCCAACUAACAGCCACAGCCAAGCCAGAAGUGCAUCAGCAGACAAGGGAGCGAAAGAAACAUCUAAAAAAAAAAAAGAAAAAAACAACUAACCCAAAAACAGGACUGAAAAAUUACAACUCCCAAAUCAAAAAUUAAAGAGGAUUUUUUUUUAUACAUAUCCUCUUCUUUUUUCAAUUGAUUUGAUUUUUUUUUCUUUAUUUUUCUGUGUUCCCGGGACAGAGAGAGACUGACUCCCGAUUCUGAAGAAGAAAUCAGGAGGGAGCAGAGAAACUCAAGCGAAUCCAAAAGAAAAAAAAAAGAAAAAUUAAAGGACAGAAAACCUCAUCAUCGAAUCUGAACAUGUUUGAAAUAAGCCGAACACUCAACGCUGCUUUGUUGAGCAACGAGCAUCUCAAGAUGAUGGCGAGGUACGGGCAGCUCUCGGGACUGGCAGCCAGUGGCGUGGGCUCCGUCCCCGAGACGCACUCGCCGCUAUUUUCCAGGGAUCCCCUGUCAUCGCCCGCCCAGAUGGGCUACAGGUCACCCCUGGGGUCGACAGAGACACAGUGGCGUCAAGCAGAGCUCCCACAGCUCCAGGGCUGGGCAGAGAAGGGAUUGCUGACACAGCCAAAGAUGAUCAUCAGUAACAUGGAGGCUCCGGUGACAAACGGCCCCAGCGGUGGAGGCAACACAGCCAACGGCCCGACCACCAACAGCCGUGGCUGCCCCUCGCCCAUGCAGACCGGUCCGACAAACGACGACAGCAAGACGAACCUCAUAGUGAACUACCUGCCCCAGAACAUGACCCAGGAGGAGUUCCGCAGCCUGUUCGGCAGCAUCGGCGAAAUCGAGUCCUGCAAGCUAGUUCGCGAUAAGAUCACAGGGCAGAGUCUUGGCUACGGCUUCGUCAACUACAUUGACCCAAAGGAUGCAGAGAAAGCCAUCAACACAUUAAAUGGACUCAGACUUCAAACGAAAACAAUCAAGGUGUCGUAUGCACGGCCCAGCUCAGCCUCCAUCCGUGACGCCAACCUGUAUGUGAGCGGCCUGCCCAAGACCAUGACCCAGAAGGAGCUGGAGCAGCUUUUCUCCCAGUACGGACGCAUCAUCACCUCCCGUAUCCUUGUCGACCAGGUCACAGGCCCCGCAGGUGGCUCCCGAGGUGUGGGCUUCAUCCGCUUUGAUAAGAGGAUAGAAGCGGAGGAGGCCAUCAAGGGCCUGAACGGCCAGAAACCUUCUGGUGCUGCAGAGCCAAUCACGGUCAAGUUUGCCAACAACCCAAGUCAGAAGACCAGCCAAGCCCUCCUGUCGCAGCUCUACCAGUCACCCAAUCGCCGAUACCCCGGCCCCCUCCACCACCAGGCUCAGAGGUUCAGGCUGGACAAUUUGCUUAAUAUGGCCUAUGGCGUAAAGAGGUUUUCCCCCAUCACCAUUGACAGCAUGACGAGCCUGGUGGGCAUGAACAUCCCCGGGCACACAGGCACCGGUUGGUGCAUCUUUGUGUACAACCUGUCCCCGGACUCGGACGAGAGCGUGCUCUGGCAGCUGUUCGGCCCGUUCGGCGCCGUCAACAACGUCAAGGUGAUCCGUGACUUCAACACCAACAAGUGCAAAGGCUUCGGCUUCGUCACCAUGACGAAUUACGACGAGGCGGCCAUGGCCAUCGCCAGCCUCAACGGCUACAGGUUGGGCGACCGCGUCUUGCAAGUCUCCUUCAAGACUAACAAGACACACAAGUCCUGAACUCUCGACAGGCAGAAGCAGAUGCCCCGCGACUUUGUCUGCUCUAAAUUUGCCCCCCCCGCCCCAACCCUUCCCCUCCACUCGUCCCUUAGGUCCCUCCAACCACCGCCACCCUCCUACAGCCAUCCAACACAGCAGAAUCAAACUCCUGGAACAGAAAGCAGCCAACAAACCAUCUAACAAAUUGAACUAGAAAUGGCUUAUAUUAUAACUUUGGACCUAUAAGCCAAUGUUGCCUGAGUAUUACAAAAAUUAAAUGAUGAAAAUAUUGACGAGUUUUUUCGAAGCUCCUGUGAUAAUGCAGGCUUCUCUUUAUUGUAUAUUCUUUUCGUUUGUUGUGGUUGUUAAAAAUUUUUUCUCUUCUGUGUAAACAGUAGCAAAUCCCCGUAUUUCAGAGAAGAGGUCGUCCUUUUUAAGAUCGGAACCUUCUCUCUGUCUUUGAUUCAGGAUUUAAUUUUCUUUUGUAAAUCCGGAUCCACUGUCGUUAGUAUUAUAUACCUCCCCUGUCAAUGAAAGGGAGGGGGCUCUUUUUUAAAUUGGUAAAACCAUUCAUUCAUUUGUAGCGUGUAUUUAAAAACGUCCCCUUAUUGAUUUUAGAUGGGAUUCUAUGAUCCCCUGAAACUCAGAUGUAGAAAAGAAGAAAAAAAAAAAAAAAAAAAAAA